GGCCUGUAUAAUAGAUUUGCUCUCGACAGUUAAUCGCACACUGCAGAGCGAAUUAGUCAAUGCUCCUUUAGCUUGUUCAUCUCUUCUCUCUUCAGCUACACCUCACAACUCGCUCCUCCUCCACGCUUAACAUCCACACGCAGCCUCACCACCAUGGAUCUCGAUAUCGAGAUGGACGACGCCGUCGACACGGCCCCCGACGCGCCCGUUGCCGAUCUCGGUCGCGAUGACAUCCUACAGCCCGACGAACCUGAGGAACCGGGCGAGGUCGCCGACGACGAGCCCACGACCACCGACGACUCCAAGACUCUGAUCCCCAACAAGAUUCACCUCCAGGGUGUCGACAGCUUGCACACCUCGGACAUCAAAGCCUACGUCAAGGCCCAUUUCGGCGACGUGGAUAGAGUCGAAUGGAUCGACGACUCGUCCGCCAACCUCCUCUUCCCCUCCGAGCCCACGGCGCGCGACGCCAUUGUCGCGCUGAGCUCUGUCCCCGUGGCCGACGCCACCGCCCUAGCCAUUGGCGAAUCCCUCCCCGCGAAGCCCCUCGAGGGCAAGCCAGAGAUUUCUCUCCAAAUCCGCUUCGCCGUCGCGAGCGACAGGAAGCAGGCCGGCGCCGCCCUCCGAAGUCGAUACUACCUCCUCCAUCCGGAACACGACCCCGAAGAGCGGCGCAGACGCAACCAGGAGAACCGCUCCAGGUAUCGAGACCGCGAGGGUGAUUACCACAGGAACAGUGGCGGCAGACGGAGACGCAACUCGGACGACGAGGUUGAAACUUAUGAAGCCAGCAUGUACGACGACGCGCCCCGACCGGAACGGAGAAGGCGCGAUUCGGAUUUGAUAGAUGAACGACCGCGCUCAUACGCUCGCGAGAACCGAGGAAAAGAACUCUUUACUGGCCGGAGGUCACAGCGAGAUCGGUCUGCGUCGCCGGCUCGCGACGGUGACGGUGACGGUGACGACCUCAUGGGCGAGCGAGCGAGUUCUUCCGGCAACAGAAACAGGGCACGCGCUCUCAAGGAUCGCAGAUCAGCAGACAACGGCGCCAAGGAGCUAUUCCCGGUCAAAUCGUCUAUUAAACAGUUUGGCGGAGGAAACCUGGACCAUCUCGAGGCAGCCAUAGGAUCGGCGGGCCUGAGGGAAGAGGACCGCCCCAAGAUCGUUUCAGUGCCGACCACAAAGCCCAGCGGCAGCAGCGCGUUUAACAUACGCGGCAUGGCGAACCAGCAAGGCAGCGGCGAAGGCUUCUCCAUCAAGGGAGCUGCGGGAGCCAAUGCUCGAGAACUGUUCCCUUCUAAGCUGGGCGGGAGCAAUGCGGGCAAGGAGCUGUUUGGCGGUGGAAGGUCUAAGCAGCGGCAGAAGGCUGAGGAUCUCUUUUCCUAGGAGGACGGGGGGCGAGGAAAUGGGGGCUUUGGGUCAACUAUACGGAUGCAUUGAGUUGGGCUGGGCUGGACUUGGACUUGGGGUUGUGCAUGCAUGCAUAUUGGUGAAUAGAUUGGUUUUGAUACGAUACCACGGCGCAAUAAAAUCAGCAGCCAUAGUCUGGGCAGAUUGUCUCG